AUGAACAAAUUCAUUCAAACUUUAUCAACAUCAAAUCAGAGAGAACAAGAAGAAGAUUGUUCUCAAUCGAAAUGCGGUUAUGCAUUGAAGCUUCAACACAAAGGAUCUAUUUCUCAUGAAUCUGACCCAGUACCUACAUUUGAAUUCCCUGCUGUUGAUGACCCAGCAGCCUUCUUACGCGCUCACACCGAUGAUCGCUCACCAGACUCUAGAAUCAAGAUUAGACAUGGGACCACUACCUUGGCAUUUCGAUUUAAGCAUGGAAUCGUCGUGGCUGUUGACUCUCGAGCUACUGCUGGAAGUUACAUUGCUAGUGGAACCGUUAAGAAAGUGAUCGAGAUAAACCCGUUUCUCCUUGGAACAAUGGCCGGUGGAGCGGCCGAUUGUCAAUAUUGGGAGACUUAUCUUGGGAUGCAAUGUCGGUUGCACGAACUUCGUAACAAGUCCAGAAUCUCAGUGGCCGCUGCAUCUAAACACCUUUCUAAUCUUGUGUACAGCUACAAGGGUAUGGGAUUAUCAAUGGGUACAAUGAUUUGUGGUUGGGAUAAAUCUGGUCCUGCACUAUACUACGUUGAUUCGGACGGAACCCGAUUGAAAGGAGAUUGUUUCUCCGUUGGAAGUGGAUCUACUUUUGCUUAUGGGGUCUUGGAUCAAGGUUACCAUUGGGAUCUUGAGGUUGAAGAAGCGCUAGAACUUGGUCGAAGGAGUAUCUAUGCUGCUGGUCAUCGUGAUGCCUUCUCCGGUAACACCCUCAAUCUAUAUCACGUCAAAGAAGACGGAUGGCAAUUUAUCGGAAAUUACGAUUUCAACAAGCUUCACUACGAUAUGUCUUAUGGGUACGAACAGAGGGUUGCCAAAGAGUCUACCCUUGCUGCACCUGUUCAAGCUUAG